AUGUUAUUUAACCAUUCAUCAGUGAUAGCUGCUGCUGCUUCGGUGGGCUCUGCGUACCGAGAGAUCAACAAUCCGGGAUCCUCUGCCCCUUCUGUAGAGGCUGUUUGCAUCAAAUGGAUUCCGCCUGCUACGAACUGGGUUAAACUCAACUUUGAUGGCUCAGUGUCGGAUGCGUCUGCUGCUGCUGGUUAUAUUUUAAGAAACUCUAAUGGUAAUCCUCUCGUGGCUGGUGCUCGGCGUCUAUACUCUUCGAAUGUUCCUGUUUCAGAGUGCCUUGCCCUUAAAGACGGUCUUUUAGCUGCCAAGCUCUUCAACCACAAGAUUCUGCUAGUUGAAGGGGACUCGUUGGUGAUCAAUAGUCUUCGGGAUCCCGCCAAUGCUCCCUGGAAGAUCAAGCCAAUUCUCUGUGAUAUCUUACAUCUUGCUCACUGGUUUGAAAAUAUCUCUUUCACCCAUAUCUUUCGUGAAGCAAAUUUCAUGACGGAUGUUUUUGCAAAUACGGGUCAUGCUCUUCAGUGCCCGAAGAUUUGGGUUGGCAGUUACCGUCCCCAAGCUUUUAGUGCUUUUCAGUUAGAUUCUUCUCAAACUGGUUGCCCUAGAGGUUUUUCGUUGUAA